AUGAGUCUCGAUACGUUGUUUCAUCAGAUUUUACUCACCGAACAGCAUGUAUCAGAGAGAACCAAGCUGCUGCAGGAAGUUAAAGGGGCCAUCAUCAAAUGCCAAGAAACAAUCAAAACCUCAACAGAAGAGUUAAACCACGCUAAGAAUGACCUGGAAGAGAAGUCCAGAGUGCUGUCAGAGAUGGGGCUGCAGCUGGACCUGCUGAAGAAGCAGAGGGAGGGGAGAGAACAGCAGAGGGAGGAGCUGAAAGCCCAGCAGCAUCGCCUGAGAGCGGCCUCUGAGCAGAUACAGCAGAAGAUGUCUGAGGAGAGGGAGCGCUUCAUGGAGCAGAUCGUGAGUUUCAACGCUGAGUUCAGCCUGCUGGGAGACCGGGCCGGCCUGGAGGAGAGCCGCUGCCGUGCCGAGAUCCAGAGCCUGGACAGAGAGGAGGCCGCGCUCACUCAAGAGAUGGCGUCGAUGAUGCAGAAUCACGCUGGACUCGGCUCCCUGCAGGCGGAGAGGGUGGCCCUGCAGGCUGAGCUGUCAGGGCUGGAGACACAUGUUCAAGACCUGGAUGCGCAGCUGGCUGAAACAGAGGCAGUCACACAGAGCCUGAAGCAGCAGAGAGAGGCAGCCAAUCAGAAGCCGGGAACAGACAGCAUGUUUCUCAGGUUGAAGAGUGAGCUCAGUGAGCAUAAGGAUGAGGAUCUGGGGAGAGUGAGAGAGGCACUUCGCUCAGAGAUACAGCUGCUGAAAAUGGUGCAGCUCUUCCCCUAG